CAAUUGUUGCUCGCUGUCUGUCAUCCCGAGUCAGGAGAAUCCCCGCUGACUGCUGGGAAAUCCAUCGGACGCACACAGCCGCAUCGGGAGCGAAGAGAGGAAGUAAUCGCUGCGUGACCUUUUACACCAGACCGCUGAUCUCCUCCGACUUUUCCUCCAUCAACGUCGUUCUCCCUCCAUCCUAUGAUGCGGACCAAGUGUGACAGCGAAACUUCAUUGUGAAUCCCACCCUGAGGAGAGACGACUUCUCCCUGUCUGAGAGGAAAUCCGCUGUGAGGACGACCUACAUCCAGCAUCGAAAGGCAGGAGGACCCCGCAUCUCUGAUAAUUGAACAGGACACAGAAUGAUCAUUAAUGGCAUUCCGGAAGGGGCUCUGCUGGAAAUUCUGACCGUGGUCCCUGCCUGCAAUCUCAUCAUGCACUGUCGGCUGGUCUGCACUCUAUGGAGAGAUAUUGUUGACUCGCCAGCCUUGUGGAAAAGGAAGUCUCAGCAGGAUGGACUUGUCUCCAAGCACCGCCAAAGAAUUCCACCGGACUGGAGGAUGUUCUACUUUCUACAUGAGAAAAAGAGGAAUUUACUUAAAAACCCCUGUGCUGUAGAGGGCUUCCAGCACUGGGAAGUAGAAGAAAACGGCGGAGACCAGUGGAAAGUCGAACAGCUCCCAGGGGACCAUGGAAAGCCGUUUCCAGAUGAAAACAUUAAAGAUUACUUUGUCACCUCCUUUGGAAAGUGUUUAAAAAGCCAGUUGAUUGACCUGGAGAAGGAAGGAUAUCCUGGGCAAUGGUUGGAUGUCAUGCAGCCGGAUAUAGUCAUCAGGGACUGGUAUGCCGCCAGACAUGACUGUGGGUCCAUGUAUACCUUAUGUGUUCAGCUGCUCUCCAAGGAGAAAACCAUUAUUCAGGAGUUUCUUCCAGAUCAGAUUUAUAUAGAGCAGUUCAAUGAUGCCAAGUGGUCUCAGAUUGAAUACAGAUUUAAAAACUAUGGACCAGAAGCCCGAUACAUCUACUUCCAGCAUGGGGGAAAUGACACCCAAUUCUGGGCCGGCUGGUACGGCAUUCGAGUGACCAACAGCAGCAUCACCAUUGACCCGGGAGACCUCAGCACGUAGCACAGGAACCUGUGGACAUUGUUCUAAUAUAUAUUCUAUAAUAACAUACUACAUCCCUGUGUACUGUGUAAUAAGUAUGUAUCUUUUAAUAGUGAAAGGACACAAUCAUCGAUCCAUUCAUCACUACAGAUGUACGUGAUCGAGCCAACAAAAAGGAAGAAAUGGGACUGUUUUUAUGUAUAUAUUUCUCUGCAGCACAAACCAACCUGUUUGGUAUAAUUUAUAAUUCAGUACUGCUUCUGUGAACUGGACACUGUCUAAUGUCAUUUUAGUGAUUUGUCUGUUAAAAA